AAACAAAAGCAGGGUUCAGUUAAGAUUGAGUUAUGAGUCUACAAUGGAUUGAGAGUCACCUGUAGAUAGUAUCAAGUAUUCAGUGUUCAGAUUUUGUGUGUGCCUUUGCUGGUACACAGGUUUUUUUUCAAACAUAGGUGGCUUAAACCAGCUAGAAUAGUACAAGAUUGAACCUGGAAUUAAUCCCUUAGUGUGCACCUUUAUCGGAAACCAUCAAAUACAGACAAACUGAACACUUAGAGCGGGACGGAAAGAAAAAACAACUUGUAAUUUUGUUUUGCCACCUGUCAUCAAAUGUGUUAUGUCAUUAAUGAACAAUGUGACUAAUUGGAAAGCAAUUUUAGUUAGUCCAUGCAUGCGCAUUACUGCUGAGAUAUGUUAUUGUAAAGCUGCAGCAGGUGAACAGAAGUUUAGGAUGACCACGGCAUGCAGUGUUAAAUAAAACAAAGGGAUCAUUUUCGCUGGCUGAGGUCGGAGAAUAUUUAAAAUGCAGAUCAGACUGAAGAUGAGGCAUUUAGGAUGGCUGCCCUCACACUGCUGCUGCUGCACCUGCUGCUUAUGGUGUCACCUGCAUCUGCAUGGUACUAUAGUUACUUCGGUGGAUCACUGACCUUCACCCCAAAAGGACAGAAUCCAGAUGGGACUUAUGAGGUAGAACUUCGCGACAAGCAAAGCACAUACUACUGCAAUGUGAAUUCCUACUCAUGUCUCUCUGGUCAGUGUGGGUCCCAGACCCAGACUACCAGUGCAGUUAUUGCCUCGGAAUACUAUGGUCUCAGCUGGUGCCAGUAUGAGGUGGUGACAAAACACAUACUCAGUGGCAACCUACCCUUUGAGAUUAGAUACCCCACUUCCAAUGAUUAUUAUAAUUAUUACUAUGGUCGGGGCUACUGGGUAUCAAACGUCAGACACUCAUGGGCUAACUGGAGAAUGAUGGCACAUGUGGACUUGGGAACCCGAUCAGAUACUGGUGAAUCUAACAGAUCUCCCAUCACUACCAUGCUGCCUAUUCUCAGAGUACCCAUGAACUGCCCACGAUCAUUCAAUAUGACAGUGUUUGACCCUGAUGGUGACCACGUCAGAUGUAGGGUACCAACAAACCAAGGUGGAUAUGAGUGUGGUCUGUGUGGUCUGAGCGAAGGAUUCUCUUUUGAUGAGAAUUCCUGCUCCCUUAAGUAUACAUACAGUUAUCAAACAGGAUACUAUCCGAUUGAGCUGGUGGUGGAGGACUUCCCCAAACAACACAUUACGCUGUCUUACUCUGAUGGAUACUACACAUCAAAGAGCCCCUUUUCAGUGGGAAGGCGUAAACGUCAAGCAACCACCACACCUGCACCAACCACCAUGGCUGUAACCACCACACCUGCACCAACCACCACGGCUGCAACCACCACCACGGCUGUAACCACUAUACCUGCACCAACCACCACGGCUGUAACCACUACACCUGCACCAACCACCACGGCUGUAACCACUACACCUGCACCAAACACCACGGCUGCACCAACCACCACGGCUGUAACCACUACACCUGCACCAAACACCACGGCUGCAACCACCACACCUGCACCAACCACCACAGUGCCUUACCGAACAUCGAUCGCUCCUUUAAGCAAGAUUCCUCUGCAGUUUUCUGUUUUAGUGGACUAUUUCUAUGCCCCUUCAUGCCUUGAUGGUGAUUACUUUCCCGUUUUCUUGUCACCAACUCCGAGUAAUGGAGUAAAUCUUCCUGCGUUUGUCAACCACACUCUCGAAAUCAAAGUCAGAACCACAGCAGAAUACACCACGAUUUAUGACCUGAUUGUCACUGGACCACAGGGCAUUUCAAAGCAGAAAAUCUCCACAGAAGAAUAUAUCAUAAAAUGGACACCAACUGAAAAUGAAUUGAAUGAUCAUUUUCCUAUUUGCUUUGUUUCUGAGGCAACAUACAGCUAUUACCAAUUCUAUCAGUCAGAGCUACGCUGUGUGAUUGCUGAUGUUGGACACUACGAGACCACUGUGACAUGCAAUGAAGCAACAAUGACAGUGGAAGUGGAGAAGACCUCUCUCAUCAGACGCAACGAGGACAACUUGCAUCUGAACGACUUCACGAAUCCGUCCUGCAGCCUGAGAAGACGCUCCAACACAACUCACCUGGUGGCCGUCAUGUCACUGAACACAUGUGGAACCAUCGUAGAGGAGGAUGAAGACAACAUCAUCUUCAAGAACAAGAUCACAUCUGAUGAUCCAAAUGACAUAAUUUCCAGGCAGCAUGACGUCGAGAUCGCCUUUUCAUGUGUCUAUCCCAAGCGAACCAACAUGACCCUGGGAUUCAGGCACAAAAACCCGUACGCUUUCACAGAGAAGGGCUUCGGUGCUUUCACCUUCCAGUUUGAAUUCUUCGAGAGCCAGCGGUUUAAAAAACAAAUUGAUAGCAGCACUUACCCAGUGGAGGUGAACCUCAAACAGAUGAUGUUCAUGCAGAUCGAGGCAACCACCUCCAUCCCCAACACAGAGCUGUUCGUGGAGUCCUGCAGGGCAACUCCAUACGACAACCCGGACUCUCGCGUCAGCUACACUAUCAUCGAACAUGGGUGUGUGAGGGACAACACUGUGCAAAUCUUCCCCGGCUCCAAGUCUCAGUUCAGGUUUGGAAUGGAGGCUUUUGAGUUCAUCGGUGCUCAUGAUGAGGUGUACAUCACUUGCUCAGUCAUCCUGUGUGAGACUGGUGCUCCUGGGACCAGGUGUUCUCAGGGAUGCAUCACGUCCAACUCAGGGAACCAUCGCAGCAAAAGGGAAGCUAUGGCCCAGAGUAGCAGCCACUCCAUUUCCCAGGGACCUUUGCACCUGAUUAAAACUUCUGACAGCCAAGCGUCUGGCCUGAGCCUGAAUCUGGGCAUGAACCUCGUCUUCAUUGUUGGCUGCCUCCUGGUAUGCGGAGUGGUGAUCUACCGAUCAAGGAGGUCCAAUGCUAAAUACCAAAUCCUGCCAACCACCGACACAGACUGAAGACAUAGAAGCCAUUUUGAUCCACUCAGGCAACUCUGAUGAUGAGAAAGAUUCUCAGCUACAGUUUUUCAGGGUAUUGCUGGUUUGAAUCAUUGUCACACAGUCCAAAAUUUUAAAAGUUUGAAUUUACUUUCAUAGAUUGAGACAAAAAUUUGUGGGUGUGUUUUUGCCUGUACAUGGGGUUAGUCAGCACAUCAGCUGCUUUGAAAAUUGGAAAAGAAAAUUCACUGUGAACAAUGAAUAUCUAGACUUCUUUAUAAACACUAAACACACUAAUUACUAUAAACACAUAUUACAUGUAGAGGUUUUAGGGAAACAUUUUAGUCAUCUGAUAUGAAGUUGAGUUUCAGCUUGCUGAUGAAGAAUAAUUGAAUUUCCUCUGCUCUUAUUGACAGUUUGUUCUUAGCUGUUUGUUCAUCAGUACACGCCUAUAAUGACUAGCAUUUUUUUUACAGUGUCUUUGUGACCUGAGCUGUGCAGCUCUAUAUCCGAACCUGCAUAUUAUCAGAUAAACAUGCUUUGACUUUCAUAUUCACAGACACUCAGUCUUUACCUCCAAGGUUUGAAACACACAUUUAAAUGCCAAAUUGAUGAACACUGAAAGACACAUACAACUGAUAUUUUUUGGUGUCACUUCAUGUAUUUGUGUUGUGUUGUGAAAGUGAAUGUGUUAUAAAGUUUAUACAACUUAAAACUUGA